AUGGCUUGGCGUGACCGCGGGGUGCAAACGCUGCUGGCCACCGUGGGGGCUUUUGCCGCCUUCAGCCUGAUGACCAUCGCCAUCGGCACGGACUACUGGCUCUAUUCGCGGGCGUACAUCUGCAACGCUACCAAUGCCACCACAGACGAGACCCAGCCGCAGCCCAAAACCAAAAGGGGCGAUCUCACCCACUCCGGGCUGUGGAGAAUCUGCUGUAUUGAGGGUAUCAACCAAGGCAGCUGCUACAGGAUCAACCAUUUCCCUGACGACAACGACUAUGACACAGACAGCUCAGAGUACCUCCUGCGCAUAGUGCGUGCCUCCAGUGUGUUCCCCAUCCUCAGUACCAUCCUGUUGAUGCUUGGAGGGUUAUGUGUGGGGGUGGGACGCGUCUACAGCAAGAGGAACAACAUCCUCCUGAGCGCAGGCAUUCUCUUUGUAGCUGCAGGUCUGAGCAACAUAAUCGGUAUCAUUGUCUACAUCUCCAGCAAUGCAGGUGACCCAAAUGACAAACGCGACGAUGACAAGAAGUUCACCUACUCCUAUGGCUGGUCUUUCUACUUUGGCGCCCUUUCCUUCAUCGUGGCUGAAACUGUGGCUGUGCUCGCUGUCAACAUCUACAUUGAGAAAAACAAAGAAGUCCGCUGGAGGGAGCGGCGUGAGUUUAUCCGCUCGCUCUCUUCCUCUUCCCCGUAUUCACGGAUGCCAAGCUUUCGCUACCGCCGGCGGACGUCACGCUCCAGCUCUCACUCCACAGAAGCGUCACGGGAAAACUCUCCCGUGGUCGGGCUGAAGAGCGCGCCAUCCUCCGGCGGGCCACUGGGCGAGCUCUCCAUGUACACCCUGGCGAGGGACAGUGUGACGGAGAACACGUACAGCCCCGAGCAUGAGGCGGCAGAGUUCCUCCAGGUCCAUAACUGUUUCCCCAAUGACCUAAAGGAUGGGACAAAUCGCAGGACCACACCUGUGUGA